CGACCAUGCACCAUGGGCAGAUAAGGCGCGCGCCACUCCCACCACACGCAGGCCGUCCAAGAAAAACCCCAUCGAUGGGCAUGGGGACAACAGUGCUGCCCGUCGCCCACAAGCUCUCGCUCGCCUCCCCCUUCCUCCCGCGCCACCGGCGGCCCUGCCGUCCCCCCGCCCAGCAGCACUGCCGGCGCCGGCGCCAUGGGGCGGUGGUGGCGUACAUGGAGCCGGACCCGAACUCGCCGGCGGCCAUCCUGGGGCGCAUCGUCGGGGCCCUCCCCGUGGUGGGCCUCGUGGCGCGCAUCCUGAGCGACGACGGCGGCGUCGGCGGCGACACCGUCGACUUCGCCGAGUUCCGGCGCCGCGUCAGCAAGAAGUGCACCGUCAUGGACUCCCAGGCCUUCUACGACUUCAACGACCGCCGCGGCAAGGUGGGAGACCCCUUCUACGUCCUGCUGUGCUGCUGGCUGGCCGCCAUUGGCGCCGGGCUGCUGAAAACAGAGGAGAUCCUGGAAGGCGUGGCCCGGCUCCGGAUGUCCAACGACAUCCAGUACGAGGAGGAGACCUUCCUCGACAUGAUGAAGAUAGCAAGGGAGAAACGGGCCAAGUCCAAGAGCCAGGCGCCGGUGAUACCGAUGGAGGUGCGGGCGGAGAAGGCGCUGGAGGCCAUCUACGUGUGCUGCUUCGGGCAGGAGAUGGUGGAGCCGGAGGACGAGAAGCUGCUGUGCACGAUGCUGAACGCGGUGUUCCCGUCGGUGGGGAGGCCGGCGGUGGAGAGGAUGGUGUCCACCAUGGCCAAGCAGGUGGCCUCCGGCGAGAGGAGGGGCCCCGACACAAAGGUCGUGUCCAAGGAGGUGGCGCAGAGGCAGCUCAAGGACCUCGAGUUCCUGCAGCAGAACAAGCUGGACUCGGUGUGAGGAGGGGCUCAUUUUUUGGCAGCUAGGUCCAUGGAGAAAUGAGAAUGGAUUUUGAUGUAGCCACACACGGUACGGUACGUAGGAGGAACCAACUGCCAUUGUGGGAUUGUAAACGACACGAUUUGCAGGGUCGAGUCGAUGCUUGCUUGCUAUCACUCUCCUUAUUCGUAGUGUUGUUGCAGUGUGAUAUGAGUGGCACUGCCAUGGGCAUCAGAAGCUUGUAAGAUAGUACUAUAAGAUUUGACUCGUGCUCCUUGAAAAAUAUGUCACCGGCCGUGACACGUUCGCGAUUA